AUGUCUAUACACGCAGCAGCGAAUGGACAGCUGGGCCUUAGAGAGCAAACGGCCUUUGACAUCAUCGCGAUCCCUGCUAUCGGGGUUAGAAAUGCCUGCGAGACAUGGCGUCGACCGCCCAAAGGGGAAGGGCCGUACAACUUCAUCUGGUCAGGGAUGAAAACCCCUCGCAUCUUUUUCUUCGAAUUUGAUCAAUACAAACAGCCUGAGGUGACGGGAGAUUAUGGGAUUACCGAGUGGGCAAAGAAGCUGCUAGAGGCUUUGAGGAAAUGCAAGGAAAUCACAAACCGUGAUCUGCAUUUUGCUGCUCAUAGCACCGGAGGUCUGGUAUUGAAACGAGCACUGGUAACUGCAAUGGAGCACGCUCUACGUGAGUCCAGUGGGAACCCAGCCGAGCUCGCCCUAUCCGCCGAAGACGGAAAUACAUACACGUCAAUAGUCGAGCAUUGUCAUAGCAUUGCAUUCUUUGGCACCCCGCACUAUAGUUCGACAGCACUGUCGGAUGGUGCUUGUGCAGAGAGCAUCUCUCACGAGCUCGACAUCCCCAUCCCUUAUGGACCCAGGCUCCGCAAGCAACUGAGAAAUACUGAGAAUCUCGACUGGAUGGUUGAAUUCUCUCGUCAGUUUGCUCCGCUCACACUCCACCUCCUGAAAAUCUGGAGUUUUUAUGAGACUUUAGAGACUCCCUUAAGAGUGAAAAUCAAGCCAGAGAAGUCUCCAACAAUGACAGAGACUACACUUUGGACACAAAUUGUGGACAAACGCUCGGCGACCCUUGCUGAUGAGUACUAUUACGUCGGCUGUGAAGAGGUAAUUCCCGUCGGGGCAACACACGCCGGACUUCCAACAUUUGACAACGGCAAGGACAAGUGCCGGCUAGAUGGAUACAGAGAUUCUCUGAACAGAAUUAUGAAAGACGCUGAUUUUGAGAACCGCGGCUAUGAUAUGUUGGCGCGUACGAUUCACGUAGAAUGCCAUCAGUUUCACAAAUCGCUGGCAAACGUUUCGCGCAACAGCAUCAAAAUAUUGUCCGCAUCUCCAAACCCGACACUAUCCCAGGUAUUCCAGCAAGGUCCAGGGCACUUCGUCGAACUCAGACGGACCAAAGCCCUUGCCCCUUUGGCAGAUGCUUCAAAUGAGUUGAAUUCGCAGCCGUAUGCAAAUGCGAAGAUCCCUUCUCCCAUUCAGCAGUCUGAUGUCCAACUACCCAUGUCACCAAGCAAUACGACUGCGAGCGCUAGCCCAUGCAUAGAGAGUGGGGAGGAAGAAUCAACCCGAACAACGAUUCAAGAGAACUUGCUGGCCUCGUCAUCCAAUGGCGAAGUAGGGUUGGGAACAGUUGCCGAAACAGAGGGUUCUGAAGGCUUGCUUAACUUCUAUAGGGUCCCAGAGCACGAUCAGUAUACGUUCCGCUGGAUCCAUGUCCCUUCAAAUGUCAUGCACUGGGCAGAAAAAGUGCUAAGAAGAAUAGAAAUGGAGAUCGCAGACUCUUCUUGGCAGGAAAUUCUCGAAGAUGCCGCUAUCCAAAGGGACGAUCGCACCGCGCCUACUCCGGAAGAUAGCGUCUGGAACACGGAGCACUCUGAUGAGAGCUCAAUAAUCAACGAUAUCUUGGAAAAUCCCCUAGCUUGUCCCGCAGGCCCAAGUCUAGCGGUUGGUGCCCGAGUGGUAGCCAAGGAGGAGAACAUAACUCCUGAAUGUGUCCUUUCGGAAGUUCUUCAUAAUCCUCCUCGCAUUGCCCAGGUACUCCAAAAGGGCCAGAUCGGUACCCAGAAAGAUCGUGUCAAGCUAGCAGACCUAGGGCCUCUCAUCGAGGACGCAAGGGAGCGUAUCAGUAUGGUCAAAGCAGCCCACACUCUUCCCAGGACUGCUUCACCAAAAACAACCUGGGUGACACUUAACAGAGCUGUCAUCCAAGAGAGAAGAACACCUUCAAUUACGAGCACUUUACUCAAGCCAAUCUAUUGGAAUUUCAAACAGAAGAGGGCUGGGCACGGCCGUCCACAUGGCCGGUACAUGUGCCCGUCUUUUCAACUCUUCUAUCCGAGAGACUCGAUGGACGAGGACCGAGCAGACAUAGACCCGAAAUUCAGUCCUAUAAACAUAUUACAAGCAUAUCUAUACUUCCCGUACCUUCAUUGGGAUACAUUCGGCGCCGCGAAGGCUCGAAACCGCCUGCUGAAAGAUAUUGGAUCUACUGAUCGUAGCGAUAAAUAUCGAAAGAGACUUUUCAAGACGGCAUCAGACGAGGAAAAAAUCAUUUGGCAAUACGGAUAUGAUCCCAGUGAAUUGUUUCUCCACCCUCGCCGAACAUUAGACCAAUAUGGAUAUUCAGACUUGGAAAGUACUGAAACCCGCGACGCUGAUCAAGUCAUAUUUCGAUGGGCGAAACACGUGUACCGGAAAAGACGCUCCGCUGUUGAGCCACAAGCGGAGACACAGAAAAGUCAACACCAAAGAGAAGUCGACCUUGACGCAGAUGAUUCCAGCCAGGAACCCAAGGCAGUCAGCCCCAUAUCCAACCAGACAACGGGUGAAGAAUCGCUUCCUUCAGAGGUGACUGAUAACUUCAAGGUCUUGAUGGUGGAUCAACUUUGGUCUUGGAUUGUGGAUGACAAGAAUGUGGUGACCUUCUUUCCUAGAAAGGACGACGCUGUCCAUUCUGAACACAGCUGUAAGUACACUUGUAGCGUGUCAGACUGCGGUCGAGAACAACGCACCAGCGAAGCAGACUUGCGUGAUGCGAUAUACUUUGAUCUUAACGGUGACAAUAUCUUCCAAUUCACCCACAAGACCCAGUGUAAUGAUUGUCUUGACUUCAUGGCGUCUGCAGUCUGGCACGCAACGACACUCUUCCUAGACGCGGAUAAGCCCGAUAAUCCGGUCGCAAAGGAUCUUAGGGUCCUUCGCAUCUUUAGCGAGAGUUUGUGCAGUGUCAUGGAUGAAUGUACAAAAGCAUUCUCUGAUUUCAAAGCCACGCAAGACGGAGUAUGGAAUUCGAUCCGAGGCAAGAAGAAUAGCCAUUCCAUGAAGGAACUCGAAGAUGCAAUCAAACAGCUCUGCAAUUCGCGUGACUUGGCUUGUCUCAUCAACGUUCGAGACAUCAAAGAUGAGCUUAAGAUCUUGACGAAAUUGUUCUCAGAGCAAACAAGCGUCAUCGAUACCAUGGUGAAGGUUUAUAUCGAAGUCGAUGAACGGAGCUGGAACAAGAUUCAGCACGGCCGGGCCAUUGGCUGGCUGGAAGAGGCUAAAGAAAAGAUAGCAAAUCACCAGGACCAAGUGGACAAGAUGAAAAAUGAUUGCGACGAACUCUGUGAGAGUUAUCGCAAACUCCUCGAUAUGAAACAGAAAGAGGCAAGUGUGGUUGAGGCUGCGUGCGCCAGAGUGUCAAGCGACAUGGCCACCAGGCAAAACUAUGCUAUGAUGACGUUCACCGUUGUCACGGUACUAUUCCUUCCGUUGUCAUUCUUCACAUCGCUUUUUGGAAUGAACGUCCGUGAGUGGAGUAAAUCCGAGCACCAGGAGAGCCUACGCGCUGUAAUGGUGCUCUCUGGCGCCGUUUCUGCGGGAAUCAUCGUCCUGGCACUUGGAGCGGCGUUCUGGACAUUCUGGACACCUUGGAUUUUGCGGCGUCCUUCAAACCGGAGAGACGAAGCCUAG